AUGGCAGCACCGGAGAGUUACGUCCAGAAGCUUCAGCAUUACUGCGCCACGAACCAGAUCGCCCAACCUCAGUUCCAGGAUUACUCCGACCCACGAGGUAUCCGGACAGCCUGGUCAAGCAGUGUCUUCAUCAAUGGCCGCGAAUACAGAGCGCACCUCUGGCGAGACUACCGCUACCUCGAACAGUCCCGAGAAGAAGCCGCCGAGGUCGCUUGGAAGGCACUCAGUUCCGCUCCUCCUCCUACGAACGCAGCGCAGCGAACACAAUUCGCCGGCACUUAUACCACUUCCCGAUAG